AUGCGUCUCCUCAGUCGCUUCUCCAUACUCUCAGGGCAACUACUGCUGCUAAGCCAACGGCAUAUAUACGCAGGCGCGGUGGGCUCAUUACCUGCCAAAACCGUUGUGGAAUAUUCUCUCCCAGCUGCAGGCCAAACCCACGAAAUCCUCGCCGUGAGCGACAACCUCCUGCUCGUCUCUCAGCAAACUGAUGGAAGUUUUGUCAAAGUAGGGCUCGACAACAAUGGCCAGCCUACUGGUUCUCGCAAAUACACCGCAACAAACCCAUGGUCCGGUUUACACGGACUGGCACUAGGCUCAGGACCUGGAAGUAACUCGUCCACGUCCACUGUCUGGGCAACUGUCCAGUUCGACAACGCCAUCCUCCAAAUCGACCCCAAUGGCGAUGAUAUCAACUCACAACCACGCGUCAUUAACAGCAUUCCCAUUCCCUCGCCCGCAUUUGGCCCUCAUGGCGUGUUGGAGAACGAUGGCCACUUGUGGAUAGCGUGCAAGGACAGCUCGCACGUAGUCAGAAUGAACGUUAAUAACCCAGCUGACCACCAGGUCUGGGCUGUUAGCGGACGCCCCAUCUUCGUCGCCGUUCAUCCUACAAGUGGGGACGUCUUCGCUGGUCUGGAUCUGAGUAGCAAGAUUUGGCAUUACAAGAAUGACGGGGGAGAUGGCGAGGAGAUUGCGGUGCCUCCAGAGAAAGGGACCACACCCGUUGGCCUGAUUGCUGGACCAGAUGGCAACGCGUGGGUCGUUCUCUUGGGUAACGCGACAACAGGCACAGGCACAUUCGGACGCAUCAAUAAAGACGCGUCUAUCGAUUGGUUCACCAUGUCCUCUGCCAUUGGCAAGACGGCGCCUUUGAUCCACCUCGCUUUUGGCGAAGAUCCAAAUCAGUUCUGGCUGCUGGGAUCAUCUACAACCUGCGCCGAAUGCGUCAACGCCGUGUUUACGGUGAGAAUUGAUGAUAUCUCGGUUGGUGGCAUGGUGAAGCCGAGGAUUGCGAUACAAAACACGAUCAUGUUGCCCACUCAGAGGAGCUGGACUCAUCGUAUGAUCUUGCAUGGGGGAAGUCUAUACAUCACCGAGCUCACAACUUCGAUACUCGCGCAUGUCAGUGGGGUUGCUGUAAACGGCUUGAAUGUUAGUGAGACCUGGGACCAGUAUUCAAACUAUGGUCUUGGGAUGAAGGCGCAAGCUGUUGAUUAUAAUAACACCGUUUAG